CGCGGCGGGCGGCGGCGGCGGCGGCGCGCGCGGCCCCGGCCCCAUCCCCAUCCCCUCACGGUCCGGGCGGGUCAUGGCGGAGCUGCGGGAGCGGCUCGACCUGCUGGAGCGGCGGCUGGAUCGGGCGGAGGCGGUGCUGAGGGAAGGGCCCCCCUGGGCGCUCUGGUUCCCCGAGGUGCCAGUGAUUUUCGAGGACAUCGAGAUUCACUUCAGCCGGCGAGAGUGGGCCAGCCUGGACGAGGGGCAGAGGGAGCUCUACAGGACUGUGAUGCAGGACAGCUACGAGAUGCUGGUGUCCCUGUACUGUUCCCUCUCCAAGCCUGAAGUCUUGACUCGGAUGGAAAGAAGAGAAGAGCUGGGCAUGCUGGCCCGGUCGGACCUGGCGGGAGCAGACGGGUCCCCGGCGCCAGCCGUAGAGCCCGACUGCCCGAGCGCCGACGGCCCGCUGGGGAUGAAGGCAAAGGAGUCUUGUGGGGGGAACUGUAAGGAGCUGGAGGAAAGCAGGAGCCUGGCGGUCCCGGCGAACUGCGGUGCACCGCCCGUCCCUUGUGAAGCCACCGCUGUCCCAGCAGAUCUCAGCCUGCCGACCCCGUCCCCCUUCUGCCCUCUCUCCACGCGCUGCCACGAAGCGGUGAAUCUGAACGGGUCUCCGCUGCCUCCCGCCGCAGCAGCAGAUGCCGAGGUGGGGAUCCCGGUGGAGGUGCCGCAGAAGGAGGUCGCCGCGGAGGAGCCGGCGGUGCCCGAAGUGCCCUCGAAGGGCCCGGAAGGGGAGGACCUGAAGGAUUUGGGGAGCGCUGGCCAAAGUCAGGCAGCAGACGUCCCCGAAGCACCGGCCAAGGAGGCGAUACCAGACGUCUGCAGAGCCCCGGCGCAGGCAGAGCCCAGCUGCGCGGUCGCUGCCCCGGGAGAGCCCGUGGAAAGCUCCUGCGGGGGCCGGACUGCCACCUGCCAGCGCACCUCCACCCGGGAGAAGUUCUACUCCUGCCCCGUGUGCAGGAAAAACUUCCUGCUGAAAAUCAACCUCAUCAUUCACCAGCGGAGCCACAACAACUGGGAGCCCUACGUCUGCGCGCACUGCGACCGGGCCUUCAUGUCCAAGAAGAAAAUCCGGCGUCACCUGCAGGCUUGGGCGGCGAAGGGGUUUUGCCAGCCCUCGGACGGGGAGGAGUGCUCCAGCCCGGCGCCGUGCCCUGCCGCCCGGCCCCGCGCCCUGGGCAGCGACUGCGGCGCCGUCUGGGGGAAGCCCAACCCCAACAGAUACCCCCUGUCGCCUCCCAAAGUGAUGUACACGUGCAACGAGUGCAUGGAGAACUUCUCCAGCCAGAGCUUUCUGAUCGUGCACCAGCGCCAGCACACCACCCACCACCUCAUCCUCUGCCCCUGCUGCAACAGGACCUUCACCUGGGCCUCUGACUUUGUCCGCCACCACCAGACGCAGGCGGGCAAGCGGCCCUACCAGUGCGGCGUGUGCCAGAAGACUUUCAAGCGGCACUACCACCUGGACAUGCACCAGAAGAUCCACGUGCGGCAGGAGGGGCCGUACCCCUGCGGGGACCCGCUGCCCGUGCCGCCGCCGGCAGCGCCCGUGUAGGGGGGGGAGCCUGGCGCCCGGCGGGGCGGGGAGCCGGGGGGCGGCUGCGGGGUCUUCCCCUCUCUCCCUCUCGCGGCAUCGCCCGGUUCCUCCCGCCCCUGCAGACCCUCGCUGCGGGGGGGGGUGGGGGGGGGGGGGUCGCUCCCGGGACGCUGGGAGUGGGCCUGGCCGUGGUGACGUGGUGGUGGUGGGUGGUGGGCUCGUGCCUUUUCUGGAGGCACCAAUAGAUGCUGUAGAAAUGAG